AUGGCAGGUCCUCACCCCCCGGCCCUGCUGGCACCUCGCUCCCUCCUCCUGCGCCUCGCCCACGGCCCCGGCGCGACCUCCGCCAGCCCAGUGCCGCCACCUGCACAGGGAGAGCCCCCUCGCCACCCGGGGCAAUUCCGCCUCCCUCCCGUCCUUCCCCCGCCCCCGCAGCCGCGUCCCUCAAGAUACUCAGAGGCCUGGAGCACCUCUGCUAUGAAGUCAGGCUGGGAACUGGGGCUGUUCAUCCUGGAGAAGUCUCCGGGAAGAACUCAGAGCACCUUCCAGUACCUCAAGUUGUCCCUGACCUCUGGGGGCCGCUGCUUCCUCUCUUCCCGCCGACGGUCCUCGAGUGAGCGGCCGGCCUUGCUUCCCGCCUGGGGCAGCGCGGACGGCGGGGAGGCGGCCCGGGUUGCUGAAAGCGCGUUUCUGCUGGAGUUGGUUUGCGGUGUCACUUCGAAGACUGUUCUGUAUUUGCAGGUGUCACAUUCUAAUUGGAUUAAUGGGAAGCCAAAGAAAUUGCAAUGUUCCUCUAAGAGUGCUUUUUCUAUUUGCUAUGAUAAGAGUUUCUUGAGUUUGUUAGUACCACCCCCUAAAGGGGGCACUUGCCAUCGUUGUGGUCUCUUUGGAAAGCUCAGAUGUUCACAGUGUCUGCAAACAUACUAUUGCUCUGUAGAUUGUCAGAAAAAAGAUUGGCCAGCACAUAGAGUAGUUUGUGAUCCCAUUAAACAGAAUUCAAAUAAUAACAAAACCAAGACGGGAGUUUAUCUUAAGGAGGAAGUGAGGUUGAGUUUUGCUGUAGAUGUUGUUCUUCCAGAUUCUGAAGACUGCCAAAAUAAAGUUCCCUUAGAAAUGAAGUCUCAUUUAACUUCAGGAAUAGAUGCCAAAGGAGACUCUCCAAGAGUAUCAGAAAACCAUUCAAAGGGAAGUGAAAAAAAAAUGCUUGAAGAUGAAGACUCUUCUCACUGUACUAAUUCAGUUGCCAAGUUUGUCUCUUUAAGUACCGGAGAUGAAUUUUCUGGUGUGGUUUCCCACAUUCAAAAUCCAGACACCUUUUUUUGUCAGCGGAUGCAAAGUGCCUGUCAGCUUGCUGAGCUUGAAGCUUCUCUUAAUGAAUACUGUGACAGAUUUCCCGGUAGUCCAUCUUUCCGUCCUGCUGCUGGCAAUGUGUGCUGUGCCCAGUUCACAGAAGACAACCUUUGGUAUCGUGCUGCUGUUACAGCUUAUGUUUCUGAAGACACUGUUUUGGUGGACUAUAUGGAUUAUGGUAAUUCUGACUCUCUUCCACUGACCAGACUUCGUCCUAUAAUUCCAAGAUUAACGGACUUGCCAGCCCAAGCCAUAAGAUGUAGCCUGGCAGGUGUAAAGCCACCUUUAGGAACAUGGACCUCAGAAGGUAUUUCUUGCAUGAAAAAAAUGGUGAAAGACAAAGUGUUGACAGUAAAGGUAGUGGAUAAAAAGAAUUCUAGAACUGUGGUGCAGCUUACAGAUGCAUCAGGUACUCCAGCAGUAAAUAUAGCGAGCCGUCUCAUCGAGGAAGGCUUUGCAGCUGAGGAGCUGAGCAUGGCCUUACCAGCAGCCAGAGGAAGUGAUGUUGAGCAGGCCAAUGAGGACACAACGAACAAAAGAAUGUGCAAGUGGAUUAAAUUAACUCUUAACCAAACACUCAGUGUCAUAGUAUGUACAGUGUACAAUCCUGGAGAAUUCUACUGUCAGAUUUCAAACAGCCAUGAGUUACUUUCUCUAAACUCACUUAACAAAUCAUUGUCUGAGCACUGUCAGAAAACACCACCAGAUGUUUUUGAGCCUAAGAAUGGAGACCCUUGCUGUGCUUUUUACUCUGAGGAUGGUAACUGGUACCGUGCUGUGGUGCAAAAUGUCACUUCAGAUGGAAUUGUUCGAGUGAGCUUUGUGGACUAUGGAAAUACUGAGGAAGUACCACUGGAUAAUAUCAGACAGAUCUCCUCCUCAUUCCUAAAACUUCCAUUUCAAGCAAUUAAAUGCUGGCUCUCAGGUAUAAAGCCUGGAAAUAGCAAAUGGAGUCCAGAAGCUACAAAAAGAUUUCAUAUGUAUGCUUCAGGCUUAGAGCUUCAAGCCACAGUAACUUCCCUUUCUGAAGAUGGUGCAGGUGUGGUGCUUACUGACAAUUCCACAGAUUGUCCAAAAAUGAUCAAUGAGAUACUAACUUCAGAAAAACUGGUUGUAAAGGAAGUUCUACAAGAUAACAAUAACUUUCCAAAGUCUGUUGACCAAAAAGCAACCUCACUUGGGCACUGGAAGUCAAUUGAGUUGGCUGUGGAUGAAACCAUGUCUGUCUGGGUAACAGAAGUUGUAAGCCCAGACUUGUUCUAUGCUGUACCAGUUCCAAAUAAGGGUCAAAAGCAGCUCCUUAAGGAGCUGAUUUCACUGGAAGACUAUUGUAGAUCUUGUAACAAGCAGCCCUUCCAACCAAAGCUGGGUGAAGCCUGUUGUGCUCAGUUCUCAGGUAAUGGCAAUUGGUACAGAGCUAUUGUUCUGGAAGCUUCCCAGUCUUCAGUGAAAGUACUCUAUGGAGACUUUGGCUGCACAGAAACUUUACCCCUUUCAAAGGUGCUGCCAAUCACCGAUUCCUAUUUAAAGCUGCCAUUUCAGACAAUUACUUGUUCACUUGCAGGAAUAGAGAAAGCUGAGUGGUCUCCAUUAGUGCUUGACACUUUGAAAAAAUUAUUAUUGAAGCAACAUGUCACAAUUACAGUGAAAGGGAUUAAUGGAAAUGUUAAUUUAGUAACAGUGGAGAAACACUUUGAUAAUGGUUAUGUAAAUGUAGCUGACAAACUGCUGAAGGAGGGUUUGGUCACAUCCUGCAGUCCUGAAAACUCUCAUGGUGAACAUCAAGGUAAUGGAGGUGAGACCAACUGCUGCUGCAUGGAAUUAAAAGUGCAACUUGAAAAGCAUAAACAAGUCCUACUCUUCCUUUUAAACAAGUUUGGAAAUCCAGAUGGAUUCAGUGAUAUGAAAAAUCUGCUGGAGCACUAAGUCUCUGACAUGCACCAUUUCAUUUGCAUGUCCACCCAGUUGCUGCAGUUCCUUUUUUAGAAGAUCAAGAGCAUCAGCUUUAAAAAUGAGGGUCACUUCAUAGAAACUGUGCUAUUUAAGUUCCUGCCAUUUAUCUGUAUGCUUGGAUUGUUACUGUGACCCAAGCAUGUAACCUAGAGCAUUGCAAAGCUGCAAGGUAAAAUUUCUGUUCUGUUCUUGUUUUAUGCCACCAUGUGCUACUAAACUUUUUGCUUGUAUUUUCUUGUUGAAUGCACAGAAGUUUAUGGAAUGGCCAUUACAUUGUGAAUCUGUUCUGCAGACUUGGAUUUGAAAUUAUUGCAGUUGUAAGGCUCACUUAACUUUGGUACCAUUUAUAUUACUUGAAAAACUCUUUUUUUUUAUUAUUCAUCUUUCAAUCUAAUUUCUGGUCUGAAGUUAGACUGAGAUUUGUUCUUCAUAAACUUGAUUUGAGUACCAUUAAAAGUUGAAUGUUGUCUUGGACUGCAUACAGGUAGUUCUCUAAAAUCAGUAAAUACUUCAUUGUGCACAGUUCUUUCUUUACACUUAUGCUGUAUAAUAUGCAUCUGUGAAUGUUAUUUUGAAGUGAAUUGUAUUGAAGCUGUUUUGUGUCUAGCUAUAUCAUCAGGAUCUCUACGCCAUGAAGUUUUUUUCAUCAUCAUAAAAAGACCCAUUCUAGGCUAUGACAAAAAUACUGAAUCAAAUUAUUAAAGAGAUUUUCAGUAUUUCUUCAGUUGAAUACCUGGUUGUCAUUUCUGACUAAUUCAGGAAUGUCAAAUUAUUCUUUGUAGAAUACAGUAGCCAUUUGCUGAUUGAAAGUGCAGGAUCAGCCUUUUUGUCCACUUAAAGCACACAA